AUGGGAAAUGGAGUUCUCAGGCGCUAUCGCACACGACCAGAGGCUGACAACGACUCCUGGCGCAAGCCCAAGCAGAAGGGAGGCACAGCCAAAGAGAAGGCCGCUCCCCAACCCAAAGAUGCUGCCAAAGCUGCAGAGACUUGGCUGGCGGGCGGGCCCAAGGGCUUGGGUGGCUUGAGCGGAGCGAGCGGAGCCGGUGCGGCGAGCAGCUCGCCCGGCAUUGGUCUGGCCAGCAGUAGCAAGGGAGGCCCCGGCACCAACGCUCCUACGUCCCCGUCGAGCACGGCACAGGACGAAGACGAAGACACUGACCUGGCGGGCUUCUCUGGCCUCGCCGAUGCGGCAAACAAGGUGUGGGAUGAUUUGAUGGCCCGGAAGGGUGGCAUCAAGGGCAAGCAGGACAUGAAUUCUCUCUUCGGCCUUGCAGAGCUCAAGGAUGCCGUGGAGCGGUCGGUGAAGCGGGUGAACAUGCUGCAGCAGCAGGCGGAGAGCGCCUCCUCGAGUCUCGAGGAGAAACAGACUGCCUUGGAGGAGCUUCGGCGGAAAAUAGAGGCCGGCGCCAGCACUGCGAACGUGCGUUGGAAGCUAGGCGACAUGGCGGUUCGACGGGGCAAAGGCUUCUGUGAACUCAGCAUGGUGCAGAUGGAUGUCCAACCUCCUUGCUUUGAGGUCCGGAUGUCAACAAGUGGCACCAUCGUCAGCACAGAGUACGAGAAGCUCGUCCCUCUUAGCUCGCAGCAGCAGAUCGCAGCGCGGUCAGCUCUCAAAGAGAUCGAGGAGGCCAAGAAGCGUGUGGCUACGACCGAGGAGGGCCUUGCACAAGCCCAGGAGGAGCUUCGGCAGCAGCAUCAAAGCCUCACCGAGCAAGUGGAGGUGAAGCUGAAGGAGCCCAUGGCACCGCCGGGGCUACCUGACUUCGGCUACCUCCAGAAGUCGAAUGCGCAGCAGACAAAGGCGGAUGCUGCAGCGUAUCCUGAGGUGAAGGGAAUGAAAGAAGAUCUGCGUAAGCCAGCUGCCGGAGCGGCGCAAGCACGAGAGGCCUCCAAAGAUCAAAGCCGGGCAGAGUCUGGAGCAGCGAGUGCAGGGAACACACUCCCUCGCCAGGCACCAAGUGGACCGGCGGGGUUUCCAUCCUUCCAGGAUCUGGGGAGGAUGCAGAAAGAGGCAGAGGACCGUAGCAAGACCGAAGCCGCUCGCACUGCCUCGUACCCGGCGCCGCAUGCCACCCGGGAGGUUUUCACACGACCGGAGGGCUUGGAUCGUUCUGGGUCCUUUUCUACCGGAGCUGCGCCCACCGGCCAGGAUGCCCCUGGCCGCACUGCGCCAAGCGAGACUCCCUUCGUUCCGGCCGGCAUGCCUGGUGUUCCUUCCAACUCGGGGCCUUCCGGUUCUGGGCCGAAGGUCUCCCUGCAGCGGGAGCGCGCCAAGCAAGAGGCGUUUCUGCACCACCAGGAGGCUCAGCUACACCGAGAGGAGGCCCAGCGGCAACAGCAGCAGGAAGCACAGCGUCAGCAAGAAGAAGCCGAGAGGAGUCGACGGGAAAGAUACGAGGAGCAACAGCGGAAUCCGGGACAUUCGGACCGGCCAAAGGAGCAAAAGGAUGCAGAACCUCAGCAGCCUCCGACCGACUGGGUUCGGUACAAAACCCCAGACGGGCAAGUGUACUACCACAACGAAAGAACGAAUCAUACGGCCUGGUCGCUGCCGCCAGGGGCCACCAGCCGAGAACCGGUUGCAGCUGGCCAGCAAGGCACACAGCAAGAAAAGGAGGACGAGCCAUGGGCUGACCUUCGGAAGCAGCAGGAGGAGGAGACCCGCAAGCAGCAGCAGGAGUGGCAACAGUGGUACCAGCAGUACACGCAGUGGUACUCCCAGCAGGGAGCUGCAGGAGCUGCCGGGGCCGGAACCGCAGGUGCGGACACCGGAAAACAGAGCAAGUCCGGUGGUCAAAAGCAACAGAAGGGAUCGCAGAGCAGUGAACAAUCCGGCAGCUACGUGCCGCCACGCGGACCAGCACCUCCCAAGCUUGAUGCCGGGUUCGAGGACCAUGCCGUGUACCAGAUCAAGAGCUCCGUUCUCAAGGAGAUGGAGUCAAUGGUCAACCAGGGCCUGGAGGUUGCAAAGAGGAAGAAAGCCCUGAGGUGCCUUCAACUGCGGUGGCAUCCUGAUAAGAACCCUGACAAGCUGGAGGUUGCCAACAGCAUCUUCCAGUUUAUCGAAGAGACCAAGCCAUGGUUUCUCCAUGAUCCGAAUGCUCAGUAG